AUGUCGGGGACCAUGGCUAUGAGCUCAUACCUGGGCUUCUGUCACCUCCUCCUUGUGAAGCCCAGCAGGAACAACCUGCUUCUUUGUGUGCAGCUGAACAUCAGCCAAUAUGACAAAGAAGAUCUAAAAGUAGUUUCAAAUAAAACGUUUUUAAAAAUUGCCAUUAUACCCCCGCCGCCCCAGGGCCGGCCCUUCCCAGGGAACGACGCCGGUGAGCGCCCGCGGCCGCCGCCUCCAGGCCCGGGGUCGCCCUGGAGCCCGCGCUGGCCUGAGGCACCGCCGCCGUACGACGUGCUUGGGGACGCGGCCCUGCAGCGCCUGCGCGACCGGCAGUGGCUAGAGGCGGUGUUCGGAACCCCGCGGCGGGCCGGCUGCCCGGUGCCUCCGCGCGCGCCCGCCGGCCCCAACCUGGGCAAGGUGCGGGCCCGGUUGCGCGGGUCCCUGCGCCUGGUGCGGCGGCUGCGCGGCCUGGGCCCUGCGCUGCGCGAGGCCGAGGCUGACGGCGUGGCCUGGGCACAGCUGCAUGCGGAGGCACAGCCGCUGCGCGCCGAGCUGGCCGAGCGACUUCAGCUCCUGACCCAGGCAGCCUAUGUGGGCGAGGCGCGGCGCAGGCUGGAGAGGGUCCGGAGCCGCCGGCUGCGGCUUCGCGAGAGGGCCCGGGAACGCGAGGCCGAGCUGGAGGCGGAGGCCACGCGGGCAGCGGAGCGCGAGCAGGAGAUUGACCGCUGGAGGGUCAAGUGCGUGCAGGAGGUGGAGGAGAAGAAGCGGGAGCAGGAACUUAAAGCUGCUGCUGCUGCUGGUGUCCUAUCUGAAGUGAGGAAAAAACAAGCAGACACCAAAAGAAUGGUGGACAUUCUUCGGGCCUUGGAGAAAUUGAGGAAACUCAGGAAAGAGGCUGCAGCAAGGAAAGGGGUCUGUCCUCCAGCCUCAGCAGAUGAGACCUUUGAGCAUCACCUUCAGCGACUGAGAAAACUCAUUAAAAAACGCUCUGAAUUAUAUGAAGCUGAAGAGAGAGCCCUCAGAGUUAUGUUGGAAGGAGAACAAGAGGAAGAGAGGAAAAGAGAAUUAGAGAAGAACAGGAAAGAAAAAGAGAAAUUUUUACUACAGAAGCGUGAAAUUGAGUCCAAGUUAUUUGGGGAUCCAGAUGAGUUCCCACUUGCUCACCUCUUGCAGCCUUUCCGGCAGUAUUACCUCCAGGCUAAGCACUCGCUGCCAGCGCUCAUCCCGAUAAGACAUGAUUGGGAUCAGUACCUGGUGCCAUCUGAUCAUCCCAAAGGCAACUCCGUUCCCCAAGGAUGGGUUCUUCCCCCGCUCCCCAGCAACGACAUCUGGGCAACCGCCAUUAAGCUGCAUUAGUAAAGAUGCUCCAGGAGUGUCGUCCAGCCAAGGCUCUUUCCAGCUCUAAGUAUUAGUGACCCUGCCAUCUUCUUGUACUGUAGUAUAAAUCACAACCUCUAAACUCCAUGUGGCAUUGCCCUACCCAGAAGUUACGUUUCCCUUCUGUCCUCUGUCCUGGCCCAGGUGCCUCUUGAAUCAGGAGAUUAAUAUGGUUCCUCAGGAAAGGACCUAGGUGAACUGAGGUUUUUACGACAGGCAGUGGCCUUGGUUCAUGAAAUUCGCCUCUGUUUUGAGGGGCUUGGUCCAGAUUGAUUUAUAAGUUUACUCUUAUCUUUCUUGUGUGGUGAUGGAUAAGUAUACGCUAUACACUCAUACCAUCGACACAGGUGUGCACUGGGUAGAUUUAGCAGUCCCUCCCCUAGUACUCCUUGUUAAGGCAAGCUUGAUGCAAAACCUCCUUACCUUUCUUACCCAGAGAGCCUCCUAACUUCCAGGAAGAAAGGUCAGAAAUGCUUUAUCUUCAGU